AUGGACGUGUACAACGCCGGCCUCCCCUACUGUUUGGUCCACUUCUUACCUACGGCCCGGGUCCGACAGGGGGCGCGCGCGGGGCAGGCGGGGCCGCACCUGUGCUGCGGGGCGGAGGGAGGAUGGGGUGGCCCGGGCCCCGGAGCAGCUGCGCGCCCCGCCCCACGAGCUCCUCCCCGCCGCCGCGGCCCCCCGGCUGCUGCCCGAUGCGCUGCGCUGGGAGCCGCGAGCCGGGAGCCGGGCCGAGUCGCCGCCGCUGCAGGGCCGCCUGGGCCCGGUGACGCCGCUGGCUGCAUGGAGCCCCCGGAGGGCGCCAGCCCGGGAGAAAUAGUUAAGGAAGUGGAGGUGCCACGGGCCGCCCUGGACACCCCAACUCCCGGGACAGGGGACAGCUGCCACUCACCUGUGGCCGAGGAGGAGGAGGAGGUGGGAAUCCCCAUCCCAGCACCAGGGUUCCUGCAGGUCACGGAGAGGAGGCAGCCCCUCAGCAGCGUGUCCUCCCUGGAGGUGCACUUUGACCUCCUGGACCUCACCGAGCUGACCGACAUGUCCGACCAGGAGCUGGCUGAGGUCUUUGCUGACUCUGACGAUGAGAACCUGGCCGAGAACCUGGCCGUUGACUCCCCAGCAGGCCUGCACCCGCUGCCCCGGGCCGGCUGCCUGCGAUCCCCAUCCUGGGCGAGGAGCAGGGCUGAGCAGAACCGCGAGAAGCAGCCCCUCAGUGACACUGAGCGGCAGACAGCGACCGUGGACACAUUCCUCACUGUGGAGAGGCCCCAGGACUAAGCCAGCCCGCCCCAGAGCCCAGGUGGGGGAAGGCGAGGCCGUGACUCUGUGGACACUCUGCCCACUCCACGUGGCCCUGGGUCGGGGCCUCAGGCAUCCCGCACAAGCACAGCCCGGUGGCCUUAUGUCCAGUUCCUUCCUGGUCCCUGGAUCAGGGCUGACAAUGCCCAGGGAUGAGAUGGGAGUGGCCUGGGCCUUCUGGAAACUUCUGUCUGCAGGACUGGUGCUCAUCUGUCACAAGAUUCCCAGGUGGAUACCGGGUGACAGAGGAUCUGAGCGAUGACAGCUGCUCUGCAAACCCCCUGGGGUCCAGCCAAGUAAACGGUGGAAGAGUCA